AUGUCAAACGGCGGUCCAAAGAAUACCACCACUAACUCUAUCGACAUGUCAAACGGCGGUCCAUUGAAUACCGCCACUCACUCUAUCGACAUGUCAAAUGGCGGACCAUUUAAUACCACCACUCACUCUAUCGACAUGUCAAACGGCGGACCAAAGAAUACCACCACUCUCUCUAUCGACAUGUCAAACGGCGGUCCAUUGAAUACCGCCACUCAUUCUAUCGACAUGUCAAACGUCUGUCCAUUUAAUACCACCACCCACUCUAUCGACAUGUCAAACGGCGGUAAAAAAAAUACCACCACUCACUCUAUCGACAUGUCAAACGGCGGUCCAUUGAAUACCGCCACUCAUUCUAUCGACAUGUCAAACGUCUGUCCAUUGAAUACCACCAUCCACUCUAUCGACAUGUCAAACGGCGGACCAAAGAAAACCACCAAUCACUCUAUCGACAUGUCAAACGGCAGUCCAUUGAAUACCAUCACUCACUCUAUCGACAUGUCAAACGGCGGUCCAUUGAAUACCAUCACUCACUCUAUCGAUAUGUCAAACGGCGGUCCAUUGAAUACCGCCACUCAUUCUAUCGACAUGUCAAACGUCUGUCCAUUGAAUACCACCAUCCACUCUAUCGACAUGUCAAACGGCGGACCAAAGAAAACCACCAAUCACUCUAUCGACAUGUCAAACGGCAGUCCAUUGAAUACCAUCACUCACUCUAUCGACAUGUCAAACGGCGGUCCAUUGAAUACCAUCACUCACUCUAUCGAUAUGUCAAACGGCGGUACAUUGAAUACCACCACUCACUCUAUCGACAUGUCAAACGGCGGUCCAUUGAAUACCACCACUCACUCUAUCGACAUGUCAAACGGCGGUCCAUUGAAUACCACCGCUCACUCUAUCGACAUGUCAAACGGCGGUACAUUGCAUACCACCAUUCACUCUAUCGACAUGUCAAACGGCGGUACAUUGAAUGCCACCACUCACUCUAUUGACAUGUCAAACGACGGACCACUGAAUACCACCACUCACUCUAUCGACAUGUCAAACGGCAGUACUUUGAAUACCACCCUCUAA